ACCUGCUCGGUGGUGAUGCGGGGUGGUUGAAUUGAUUGGAGAGUAGUAGGAUUUGGGUGGGAAGCUGCGGCUCGACGUUGCUGCGGCGCGGUGCAUGCGGCUGCGGGGUUGAUCGGCUUGGGCAUGGUGGUCGGGAUGGAGGUGGAGGUGGAUGUGGACGGCGUGCUCCAGCGCUUCGACUUCCGCCUCGACCGCGGCGACGACGGCCACGGCCGGGGAAGCGAUCCAUGUGCGAGUGACCGGAGCAGGAGCGGCGGCGGAGGAGCGGAGGGGAAGGAGGUUGGCGGCGGCGGCGCGGUGAAGGAGCGGAUCGCGCGGGCGCUGAGGAUCUACAAGGAGGCGGCGGGGGAUGGCGGCGGCGCGCUGGUGCAGGUGUGGGCGCCGGCGCGGGACGGGGGGCGCCGGGUGCUGGCCACCCGCGGCCAGCCUUUCGUGCUGGCGCCGCCGCAGUGCCACCGGCUGUUCCAGUACCGGACCGUCUCGCUGACGCACGCCUUCCCCGUCGGCGGCGCCGGCGUGCCCGGGGAGCGCGGCCUGCCGGGGCGGGUGUUCGACGCCGGCGCGCCAGAGUGGACGCCCAACGUGCAGUACUACGGCACCGGCGAGUACGCGCGCAUCAGCUACGCGCUCAUCUACGACAUCCAGGCCGCCCUCGCGCUGCCCAUCCUCGAACCCGCCACGGGAUCCUGCGUCGCCGUCAUCGAGCUGGUCACCACCUCGCCCAGGAUCCGCUUCGCCGACGAGGUCGACAAGCUCUCCAAGGCCCUCCAGGAAGUGGCGUUGAGAGGUUCAGAGAUCUGCCGCCCCGCACCCGAGGUCUGCAACGACGAUGCUGCUGAGAUGGCAAUGUCCGAAGUUUCAGACAUCUUGACCACAGUGGGUGAAGCUCACAAGCUGCCAUUAGCGCAGGCCUGGGUGAGAUGCAAGCGUUGCAGCUCCAGCACGGACGACCACGCCUCCCUGACGGCGGCCGGCACGCCGUUCUACCUCGCCGACGCAGAUCAAAGGCUUCUUGGCUUCCGCGAGGACUGCGUCGAGCACCACCUGCGUCCCGGUCGCGGCGGGGUCGUCGAGGAAGCCGCCGCGGCGCGCGGGCCCCGCUUCUGCGCCGACGUCACCAAGUACUCCAUGGACGUGUACCCGCUCGCGCACCACGCGCGCUUCUGCGGCCUCGCCGGCUGCCUCGCCGUCUGCGUGCAGCUGCGCCGCGAUGGCGACGACGCGUCCAUGGAUGACAGCAGCCGGGAAGGGUGCGUGCUGGAGUUCUUCCUCCCGCUGGACUGCAGAGACGGCACAGAGCAGAAGGCGGCGGCGGACGCCAUCGCGGCCACCAUCACGGAACACUUUGGCAAUGGCCAUCUGAAGGCGACUGUGAUAAGUGGGUUGGAGGAUUUGUCUUUUGAGAUCGAUGCAGAUGGUGAUUGCGUGCUCCGACCUGAUCCUGUGAUCAUGGCUGAUGCCCCUGAGUUUGAGCUGAACGAUCAUGGAGGAGAUGAGAGGGAUUCAGAUGAGGAGGGUCUACAUCUGGCAGCUGCUGUGGGUACUGCUGACAUUGAAGCACCCAAGAUGAACAGUGGUGAUCAAAAUGGAGGCGAGGAUCCAAGAUCACAAGUUGGCGAGAAGAAAAAGAAGACCAAAAGAAAGAAUGAAAAAACUGUCAGUUUGGAGGUACUGCAACGGUACUUCUCAGGGAGCCUGAAAGAUGCCGCGAGGAGCCUUGGUGUUUGUCCGACAACAAUGAAGCGCAUCUGCAGGCAGCACGGCAUCUCCAGAUGGCCAUUCCGCAAGAUCGCCAAGGCGAACCGUUCUCUUGACAAGAUCAAGCGCGUCUUUGAGUCGGUGCCAGGCUCAUCAAACCCCAUGGCUGCUUCUACUCCUGCUGCCACUGCUUCUCACCAAGCUCCAGCUGUGGCUACUGCUCGUGGUGAUCAUGCCCUGCCAUGCCUAUCAAGUGCUCUGGGAGUGGCCUCCUCCCAAGGCUCAUGCCAUGCGCCGCCGCCUCCUCCCAGGGACGCCGCAUUGCGCACGCCUUUGCAUGGCGUGGACGCUGGCGUGGUGACGGUCAAGGCCAGCUACAAAGGGGACAUCAUCAGGUUCAGGGUGCCAAGCUCUGCAGGCGUAGCGACGGUGAAGCGGGAGGUGGCUAAGAGGCUGGGGCUGGAGGCCAGCGAGUUCGACGUCAAGUACCUGGACGAUGACAACGAGUGGGUGCUCUUGUCCUGCGACGCCGACUUCCAGGAGUGCCUCGACGUCGUCCCGGCAUUGUCGGGAACGUCAACAUCGUCUGGCUCCGGUGCGGCUCAGCCGGUGAUCAGGUUGAUGGUGCAGGAGUUGGCUGAAAUCGAUGGCAGCUCCUGUGGCAGCUCAGAUUAGUCACAGAAAAUAGAGCCUUGGCCCUUGGCGCUUGACCGCCCUAACAUCUUUAUGAUAUCUUUGCAAAUAACGAAGCAUUACUCUCUUCUACGUGUUCUUUUCUUCAGCUUAUCAUGAGGACCAA